GGACGGCGGAACCGGGCGGUGGCGGCGGUGCGGGAGGAGCGGCAGGAUGGCGGAGCGGGAUCCCGCGCCCUCGUCCUGCGACUGCUUCGUGGCGCUGCCGCCGCACACCGCGGCGCCCGUCGUCAUCUUCGGCAAAAACGCUGACCGGCCGCGUCACGAGGUCCAGGAGGUUGUCUACGUCCCUGCUGCCAUCCACCAGCCCGGGGACAAAGUCCAGUGCACCUACCUGGAGAUCGAGCAGGCGGAGAGAACCCACGCGGUGGUGCUGAGCCGUCCCGCCUGGCUGUGGGGUGCCGAGAUGGGUGCCAACGAACACGGUGUCUGCGUGGGCAAUGAGGGCGUCUGGACCCGUGAGCCCCUGGGGGAGGAUGAGGCGCUGCUGGGGAUGGACCUGGUGAGGCUGGGUUUGGAGCGGGGCAGCUCUGCCCGGGAGGCCCUGGAGGUGAUGGUGGCAUUGCUGGAGCGCUACGGCCAGGGUGGGAGCUGCAAGGAGGAGCCGGUCCCCUUCGUCUACCACAACACCUUCCUGCUGGCUGACCGCGUCGAGGCCUGGGUGCUGGAGACGGCUGGCCGGUACUGGGCAGCCCAGCAGAUCCGAGAGGGCAGCCGCAACAUCUCCAACCAGCUCAGCAUCGGGAGGGAGAUCACGGCCGAGCACGCGGGGCUGCGGCAGCGAGCCCGCAGCCAGGGCUGGUGGAGCGGGGAUGGCGAGUUCAGCUUCGCCGAGGUCUUCUCCCUGACACACCAGCCUGCUCGCAUGGAGGCUGCCAAGGCCCGCUACCGCGCCGGCAAGGAGCUGCUGCAGCAGCACGCAGGUCACAUCACGGCGGAGACAUUCAUGGCCAUCCUGCGGGACAAGGCCAGCGGGAUCUGCGUGGACUCGGAGGGGUUCCGCACGGCGGGCAGCAUGGUGUCCGUCCUGCCCCAAGACCCCACCUUGCCCUGCGUCCACUUCUUCACGGCCACCCCUGACCCCUCCAGGUCUGUCUUCAAGCCCUUCGUCUUCGUCGCCGGCCUCAAGCCCGCGCCGCAGGUGAGAUCUCCCACCUUCCGCGACGACCCCGCCAAGCAGAUCCCACGCUUCCAGAGCACGGUCGAUCGGCGGCACGAGCUCUACCGCCGGCAUCAGGCGGCACUGGAGCUGAUGGAGAGGGACCAGGAGCGGGGCCAGAAGCUCCUGAAGACGCUGCAGGACCUGGAGAAGCAGGGCCUAGAGGGGAUGAACGCGCUGCUGGGGGGGACGGUGGCCCCCCGCCCAGAGGAGCUGGCCGACCUCUUCUUUGACUGCGUGGAGGCAGAGAUGAAGUUUUACACAUAAACCCUGCGCAGGUGGGUGGACUCGGCACCCCCUGCGGCAUUGCUCCUGGAUAGGGGAUGAGGAAACCUUCCCGAUGCCCGGCCCCAGCUCCUUGCCUCCUCCCGCCACAGAUCUGCCACUGACGGCGUGGUGGGGAACGGCUUGACCGGUGUCUCCAGCCCUGCCUGGGGGUACGGAGCCUCCAGCCCCCUAACUUGUCCUGGAGGAAUUGGCACUUUUGAGAGGUGGCUGUGGCCUGAAAUGCGGAUGCGGUGGGAAGGAGAGGGAUGCAGAGUGGGAUUUGGAGUCCUGCCCGCAGCCCGGCAUGUCUUUUCCCACCAUCAGGCAGAACUGCCUGUGCCCGGCCCCUCUGGGGCUGGCUGUGGGGCUGGGGGCUCUGUGGCAGACAGACAGAUUGGUGUAGGAAUAAAGAGCCUUUAAUCCCAA